UUUAUGUCAUGCUGAUCGAUCGCAGCUUCGCCCUCAAUACAUGCAAGUUCUUGGGUUCAGAAGACACCUCAAAUCACUUGUCUCGAAAGAAACUGACUUCAUUGACUGAAAAGGAUCAUGGAACAGAGAAAUAUCCUCCUUAUUGGAAAAACAGGAGAUGGCAAAAGCAGUGCGGGCAAUACAAUUCUCAGAAAAAAGGUAUUCACACCUAAAGCUUCAGCUAGUUCUGCUACAGAUGAACCUGUGACAGGACGUGGGUUGGUUAAUGGAAGAGAGAUCACAGUUAUUAACACGCCUGGACUCUUUGACACAAAUCAAGAUGAUGAAUAUAUAAAAUCUGAGAUCAUUGAUGCUAUGAUGGACACUCCUAAGAUUCAUGCAAUCGUUUUUGUUCUAAAAGUUGGAAGAUACACAAAGCAUGAAAACGAGGUGGUAGAAGAAUUGCUGAAACUAACGAAAGAGGAACAAGUCCAGAAACACUCAGUGAUCUUAUUCACUUUUGGAGGUGAACUAGAGGAACAGACCUUAGAAGAAUUUAUAAAGUCCCAAUCCAAGUUGCAGGAGUUUGUAAAUAAAUGUGAAGGCCGCUGUCACGUCAUUGACAACAAAUACUGGAAUGACUGUCAUUCAGGAGAAAAGAGAAACAGAGUUCAGGUGAACAAUCUGCUUGACACCAUCGACAAAAUGGUGCAAAAGAAUGGUUGCUUUGCCAGUGAGCCGCUUCAGCAGUUAGAAGAGGUGAUGGAGAAAAUCAGUUAUUUGCCUCCAGAAGUGCAGCAAACAGCAAAGAAAAUGGUUCAUAAUACAAUUCUGAAGCAAGUUGUAGGAGCAAUAACUGGGUCUGUGAUUGGUGCUUUUCUGGGUGUCACUGUUUGCGGUGUGAUUGUAUUUAAAAUCCCAUUAAAUGGACUGCUAAAAUACAUAGCAGCAAUAGAUAAAGAAGCUGCAGCAGUAGUGGAAACAGGAGCAGUAACAGCAGUAGUGGAAACAGGAGUAGUGGCUGAAGCUUCCGGAGCAGCAGCAGGUGCAGGGGUUAGUACAGGUACUGGGAUUGCUGUCGGUGUUAUUGGAACUGCAGCUCUUGUCGGAGCUGUUGCAGGUGGAAUCACUGGAUGGAAAGCGGCAGAAGAUGCUGAUUCAGUGUACGACGCAAUGAAAAAGUCUGCACAAGUUAACUAUGAGAAUGGAAAAGCUGUUGUUGAAACGGCACAAGAAUUUCUUUCUCUUGUGGUGAACAAUAAAACAGAUCAUUAAAAACCAUUUUACAUUAUAUAUUUUUAGUAUUGACAGUCUCCGGCUUUAUUAACUUUUAAUUCAAGAUUCAAGAUCUUUAUUUUCAUGUUUACCAGCACCAGAAGGGGAACAGACAAAUUACCAAUACAUUAAAAAUAAUAUAAAGAAUCCAGUAUGUACAGUAAAAGUUGUAAAUCAAAAUAAUGAUGUUCUGAUUUGUUUUCACUUCUUGCCGAUGGGUUUGUUAAUCAAACUAUGUUGCAGUCACAGUAAUGUUAUUGUCAUGCAGAUAAAGAAUGGUUGUAUUUUAACAUUAUUUAUCUUUUCUUCCUCAAUAUACAAACGGCAAUAAUACAAAUUAUAAUAUUUAAUCACUGAUAUUAAUGUAAUAUCGCUGGAUUAGGAGUGUGAUACAGCUGUAUAUGUCAACAAGGCUGUGAUUAGACCAGUGGCACGAGGGCACAGGCAGAGCACUGGAGACUAUCAAAGCCAUGCUGCUCAAAUAACAUACCACACAACUACAAGAGUAAAAUUGCAUUUAUAAAACAGUUUGACGGCACAAGUGUCUUUAAAACCCUCUCGUUUUUAAAGGAAAGGGGGAACAUGUGCUUGGUUCCAGUAGCAAGUUCACACAGCAAUUUCUUUUAUCUAAAGUGUGUCUCGAGAUUCUUGCGUCCCGCGGUGAAAUUAAAAAAAAAUUCCCGAGUGUUGUGAAUUACUCUAAGAGACACUGUUAAAUGCAUGUGUGUUUUAUGGUGUAGUGAUACAGAUGAGAAAAGGUUCCCAUGAUAAUACUGGUGUAAUAGCACAAGGCUCUAAACCAAUCAGAUUUGAGAACCAGAAAGAACUGUUGUAUAAUGUU